AGCUGCCGUCCGCAACAUGGCCAUAGACUGGCGAAAUCGUGCGAACAUACUUGCCCUCGGCAUCCUGCUGGUAGUGGCCGCUGCGGUCGAUGGCGUUCGCGUGCAGCAUCUCACGUCCAGAAGAUUCAAAGAUGAAUCUUUCGGACACGACCAGACACCAGCCUCGUCCUGGUGGAACUCGCACCUGUCGGAGCCACCAAGCAAGAACUUCUACCAAGCCACCCACGGGCUGCUGCAAACACACCCAUCGGUCCCUGGAUUAAAACCGGCCAGCCCGUCGGCUUUACCACUGAGCGCAGGUCCCCGUAAGGCUCCGACCGUCGGCGCUCCAGUGUCCUCAGCUGCCCUUAACAGUGGCUUUCCGUCCAUCGCUAACCCGAACCCGCGAUCGCCGUUUCGCCAUCUGGACUUCAGCACCAGCGCGACGGCCGAACUUCGCCGGAACCCCAGUCUCUCGGCCCCGGAUGAGUGUGCGCGAGCCUGCCGUGAAGGUGAACCACCAAGGAUUUGCUACUACCAUUUCACCGUGGAGUACUACACCGUACUGGGAGCAGCCUGCCAAGUUUGCACACCGAACGCUACCAACACCGUCUGGAGCCACUGCCAGUGCGUCCUGGCUGACGGUGUCGAGCGCGGUAUCCUUACCGUGAACCGCAUGAUCCCCGGUCCGUCCAUUCAGGUGUGCGAGAACGAUCGCGUCGUGAUCGACGUCGAAAACCACAUGGAGGGAAUGGAGCUGACGAUCCACUGGCACGGAAUCUGGCAGCGAGGCACGCAGUACUACGACGGUGUACCAUUCGUCACACAGUGUCCGAUUCAGCAGGGUAACACCUUCCGGUACCAAUGGACCGGAAAUGCAGGCACACACUUCUGGCACGCUCACACCGGUCUGCAGAAGCUGGACGGUUUGUACGGUAGCAUCGUGGUGCGGCAGCCGCCAUCGCGCGAUCCUAACUCGCAUCUGUACGACUUUGAUCUUACCACGCACAUUAUGCUGGUGAGCGAUUGGCUGCACGAGGACGCCGCUGAGCGCUAUCCGGGCCGACUUGCGGUCAACACUGGCCAAGAUCCUGAGUCGCUGCUGAUCAACGGCAAGGGUCAGUUCCGUGAUCCCAACACUGGCUUCAUGACCAACACGCCGCUUGAGAUCUUCACCAUCACACCUGGUCGUCGGUAUCGCUUCCGUAUGAUCAACGCAUUCGCGUCCGUUUGCCCGGCUCAGGUCACCAUCGAAGGACACGCGCUCACGGUCAUCGCUACCGACGGCGAACCGGUGCAUCCGGUGCAGGUUAACACCAUCAUUUCGUUCUCAGGAGAGCGUUACGAUUUCGUCAUCACCGCAGACCAACCGGUCGGUGCGUACUGGAUUCAGCUGCGAGGACUCGGCGAGUGUGGCAUCAAGCGCGCCCAACAGCUGGCUAUCCUUCGGUAUGCUCGUGGCCCGUACCAGCCGGCUUCACCACCCCCAACGUACGAUGUCGGUCUUCCGCAGGGCGUUGUCCUGAACCCGCUCGAUGCCGUCUGUAACGUUCCCAGGCCGGAUGCGGUGUGCGUAAGCAACCUGCGAAACGCCAAAAAGGCCGACAAGGCCGUCCUGUCUGAGCGGCCCGACGUCAAGAUCUUCCUGCCGUUCCGGUUCUACUUUUACCGCGUCGAGGAACUGUUCACGCCAAACACGUACAACAAGUUUUUGGUUGCACCCGGUGGAGACCAUUUAAUUUCACUCAUCGAUGAAAUCUCGUACGUAUCGCCACCGUCCCCGAUGCUGUCGCAGAUCAACGACAUCCCGCCGGAGCAGUUCUGCAACGGUGAUAACCGUCCGCCAGACUGUGGACCGAACUGCAUGUGCACGCAUAAGGUCGACAUCCCGCUUAACGCCAUUGUAGAGGUCGUGCUCGUAGAUGAAGUACAACAAGAGAACCUGAGCCAUCCGUUCCACCUGCACGGACACGCGUUCCACGUGAUCGGUAUGGGCCGUUCGCCUGACAGCACCGUGAAGAAGAUCAACCUUCGUCACACGCUCGAUCUGGACCGACGAGGUCUGCUCAAUCGACAGUUCAACCUACCCCCGCUUAAGGACUCGAUUGCCGUUCCGAACAACGGCUACGUCGUGUUGCGAUUCCGGGCAGAUAAUCCCGGAUACUGGCUAUUCCAUUGCCACUUCCAGUUCCACAUAGUGAUCGGUAUGAACCUGGUGGUGCACAUCGGUACCCACGCCGAUCUCCCGCCCGUGCCACCGAACUUCCCUCGAUGCGGCAACCACAUACCUCCUAUAAAGUAUAACUAG